AUGGAUUCUGGCGUGUCUUCGCCUGAGAAGCAGGAUAAAGAGAAUUUAGUGGGCAUCAGCAGUAAACGGCUCGGGGUGUGUGGCUGGAUUCUCUGGACGCUUUCUUUCCUGUUGAUGCUCAUCACCUUCCCCAUCUCCAUCUGGAUGUGCUUGAAGAUUGUCAAGGAAUACGAACGCGCUGUGGUGUUCCGCCUGGGACGCAUCCAAGCUGACAAAGCCAAAGGGCCAGGUUUGAUCCUGGUCCUGCCCUGCAUAGACGUGUUUGUCAAGGUUGAUCUGCGAACGGUCACUUGCAACAUUCCUCCACAAGAGAUCCUCACCCGAGACUCGGUGACGACGCAGGUGGACGGGGUCGUCUAUUACAGGAUCUACAGUGCCGUGUCGGCCGUGGCUAAUGUCCACGAUGUCCACCAAGCCACGUUUCUGCUCGCCCAGACCACCCUGCGCAACGUCCUAGGCACGCAGACCUUGUCCCAGAUUCUAUCAGGGCGGGAAGAGAUCGCCCACAGCAUCCAGACCUUGCUGGAUGAUGCCACUGAGCUCUGGGGGAUCCGCGUGGCCCGAGUGGAGAUCAAAGAUGUCCGGAUUCCUGUGCAGUUGCAGAGGUCCAUGGCGGCGGAGGCAGAGGCCACCCGGGAGGCCCGGGCCAGGGUCCUUGCAGCUGAAGGAGAGAUGAAUGCUUCCAAAUCUCUGAAGUCGGCCUCCAUGGUGCUGGCCGAGUCGCCUAUAGCCCUCCAGCUGCGCUACCUACAAACCUUAACCACUGUGGCCACCGAGAAGAAUUCCACCAUCGUGUUCCCUCUGCCCAUGAAUAUACUGGAGGGCAUCGGGGGCAUCAGCUACGAGAAAAACAAGAAGGUUCCUGGCAAAGCCUGA